UUUCUAGAUGGAUCCUCACAAAGUUGGACUCUCUUUGCCCCGUGAUCUGUAAAAGGAAAUCAGACCAGUAUGCUUGAGAUACAGGACUUGGUGAUGUUAAUUGAAGAGGUGAAAGUUCUGAUCUGCUGUGGUUGAGAGGUUGUUUGUGUAGUUUCUAGUUGUUGCCUUGAAUCCAAUAAAUUUCACCUCAGCAGGGCAAGAAUAUAUAGAACCAGGGUCUGUAAGGUCUGAGGGUACUUGAUUUUGAAAGCAAACGUCUUUUGCAGCCAUGUUGACCUCAUCAGGCUUACGCUUCCACCAGCUAUCCUGCCUCACACUUUUGGUACUGCUUCUUCUUCCCCUGCCCUCCCAUUCCGCAGACCCUGAUCCAUUACAAGACUUCUGUGUUGCAGAUGUGAGUGCCUCCCUAUCAGUUAAUGGCUUUCCUUGCAAGGCCUCAUCGCAGAUCACCUCAGAUGAUUUUUUCUUUGACGGACUGAGCAAAGAAGGGAACACAACCAAUCUGUAUAGGGCGACUGUAACAGCUGGGAAUGUCCUUGCAUUUCCCGGGCUGAACACCCUUGGGAUAUCGAUGAACAGAGUUGACUUUGCUCCUGGUGGACUCAAUCCACCACACUCACACCCUCGUGCAAGCGAGUCUGGGGUGGUCAUUAAAGGAAAGCUGCUUGUGGGAUUUGUGACAACUAACAAUGUGUAUUACUCCAAGGUCUUGACUGCUGGGCAGAUGUUUGUGGUUCCGAGGGGACUUGUUCACUAUCAGCUAAACGUUGGAAAAGGGAAGGCCCUUGCCUUCACAGCUUUCAACAGCCACUUACCAGGCUCUUCUGUGCUUUCUUUUAAUCUGUUUGCUUCGACGCCUUCCAUCCCUGAUGCAGUGUUAACCAAGGCCUUUCAAGUAGAUGAUGAUGUUAUCAACAACAUUCGAUCCAAGUUUGGCUUUUAGAAUACUAACUUCAUACUCUGAUUUUGCUUGUAUACUCUGUUGUUAAAUUGGGCUCUGUCUCUCUUCCUCUGUCUGUCCUGCAAUGUUAAUCUUCUGAUAGGAUCAAUCACUGUUUACCACAGGCCUUCUCCUUGUUUAACCCACCAGUUUGUAUUAUGGGUUAGCCCAACUGUUAGAUCCAUUAGUCCUAGCUGGGACAGUUAUCUACAGUGUUCAGUUGAUAAUAUCUUUUGUAAGACUAUAUAUAUAUAUAUCUUUGGAACUCUGUUUUAGAUAGCAAUUAAUAUGAAGGUGUUUUUAAG